GGCUGUGAAUUUUCAAUUUGGUUGGCAGAUAGUGUUGGUAAAUGGCGGAUUAAGUAUACACAUAAAAAAUUAAAUUGCAGCACAGCACCCGCAACGCACACAUAUAUUUACUAAACGGAGUGCGACGUGUGCCAAAAAACAAGGAGCGGUGUAUGUGCGGAGAACCAAAAAGCAGGAACACCAGCGAAGUAGCAGAAGCAGCACACAACCGCCAAUGAACACACUGGGCGCGAGCACGAACGGAGGAGGCGGAGGAGCAGGAGCACUCGGGAGCAAUGAAACCAGCACAAAUGUGUCAGCUGCCGGAUGCACUGGAGGCGGGGCAGCUGGGGAUGAAGCUGGCGGAGAUGCCAGCUCCCGGCGCCAAGCGACGCGGGUCUUCAAAAAGAGCUCCUCCAACGGCAAGAUCACAGUUUACCUGGGCAAACGGGACUUCGUCGACCAUGUCACGCAUGUGGAUCCUAUUGACGGAGUCGUCUUCAUCGAUCCCGAGUACGUGAAGGACCGCAAGGUAUUUGGUCAGGUCCUAGCCGCCUUUCGAUACGGACGUGAGGACCUGGAUGUCCUGGGACUGACGUUUCGCAAGGACCUGUAUCUGGCGCAUGAGCAGAUCUACCCGCCCAUGCAGCUGGAGCGUCCGAUGACCCGGCUGCAGGAGCGGCUGAUCAAAAAGCUGGGACCCAACGCCCACCCAUUCUACUUUGAGGUGCCGCCCUACUGCCCCGCCUCCGUGUCUUUGCAGCCGGCUCCCGGGGAUGUGGGCAAGUCCUGCGGCGUGGACUACGAGCUGAAGGCCUUUGUGGGUGAAAACGUUGAGGACAAGCCCCACAAGCGGAACUCGGUCCGUCUCACUAUUCGCAAGGUCAUGUACGCCCCAUCCAAAGCCGGUGAGCAGCCAUCGAUCGAAGUCAGUAAGGAGUUUAUGAUGAAGCCAAACAAGAUCCAUUUGGAAGCUAGUUUGGACAAGGAGCUGUACCAUCACGGAGAAAAAAUAUCUGUCAAUGUUCAUGUGGCCAAUAACUCAAAUCGGACGGUAAAGAAGAUCAAGGUAUGUGUCCGGCAGUUUGCGGAUAUUUGCCUGUUUUCGACGGCCCAAUAUAAGUCUGUGGUGGCCGAGAUCGAAUCAGAGGAUGGGUGCCAAGUGGCGCCGGGAUUCACCCUGUCGAAGGUCUUCGAGUUGUGCCCCCUUUUGGCGAAUAAUAAGGAUAAAUGGGGCCUGGCUUUGGACGGGCAGCUUAAGCAUGAGGAUACCAAUUUAGCGUCCAGUACGCUCAUUACCAAUCCUGCCCAGCGAGAAAGUCUCGGUAUUAUGGUGCAUUACAAGGUAAAGGUAAAGUUGCUGAUUAGUUCGCCGCUGCUAAAUGGUGACCUCGUGGCUGAGCUGCCGUUCACACUAAUGCACCCUAAGCCUGAGGAGGAGGAGCACCCUUUAUUGGGAGAGCGAUCUCCGCGGGCUAGUUUGGCCGGCGGUGGUCAGCCGCUUGUGAGCUUGGGUGACGGUGGAGAGUCAGGAUCGGCGGCUGGCGGUCAGGACGUGCCCACCACCACCAAUCUCAUUCAGCUGGAUGACGACGAGGCCCAGGAUGAUGACAUUAUUUUCGAGGACUUUGCCCGACUGCGUCUAAAAGGCGCCGAAACCGAGGCCUAAAUGAAACAGGACCCAUUAUGUUUUCGGAACUUUAGAUUGUCCGUCUGCAGGAAACAUUCACACUACAUUUGUAUAAUAUGAAAAGGUAACAACAAAUUUGCGCAGCCGCUAAAUGUAAAGUUUUAUACCAAUAGCCACGGUAAAUAGUUUGAUGUAAGCUAUUUGAUAUUUGUAGGCCAUACGUUCUAGUAUCUAUAGGGAUUAAGCUGAAAGUGUACGAAUUUUAAAAUGUGAAAUUGUUUAACAAACCAACAAACCAAAUCUACACACAUGCACAAGCAAACUACACGUGCAAUGUAUUUCGGCCUCACCUGCAACAGUUGAAAGAAUGCACAAAAAUUAUAUUUAUUUUUAUCCAAAAAUUUACCCCUUUUUAUUUCAUUAUUUCUCACAAAUUUAAAUGCUCAAUUUAAACACGCCAAAAAAAUCGAUUGACUUAAAGUCGUGACUCUUAUGUUGGCCUUUUCGUCAUUAUCAAAAAUUCAUUGUUUUGCAAUAUAUUAGGAGCUUUAAAGGCAACCAAUUAAACAUUUUUUUCAAUAAUACCUUUAGUUGAUUGCAACGGAAUAAUAAACACACGCACAAAGCUCUAUACAACGUUCACGCCAAAGUGUAUAGAGUAUUUUAAGUAAAAAAUAAGAAGAAGAAAGCAAACAAUUUGGUAAUAAACUGCAAGCACUCCUUGUAUAAUUUUAAAAAAUAUUUCCAUAUAUUUUUGUAAGUGUAACUAAAGCUCAGAAUUAUAAUUGAAAGUGAAAUAUUGGUGUCACAGACACAUUAUUUGAAUCAACCACUCCUUUCGUUCAUUUGCCGAACACUUAAAAAAAUCGUGGUGAAAUGGCUACUAUUAUAAUUUAAACGCAACCAAACAAUAAAAUGUUAAUUUACAAAAGGGUGGUUUAAUGGCCUCAGUAAAUGGCUGAUUUGUAAUCAAAAUGUUGUUUCAUAGUAGUUUAGAUAGUAGAAAGGAUUUAUCUUAUCUAUUUCAAAAAGUACUUUAGAUAUGGAAAAAUAAAUAAACAAAAAUUAAUUUUUUUUAAGGUGAAUCGCCCUUUGAGAUAAAGGAAUUUUUGGUAGUUAACGUCGAAGUCUGUAGAAAUAUCUAAGACGCCUGCGUAACGACACAAAAUCUGAUCACUGAUCUUACUAUAAUUGGCAAUGUCCGAAUCGAAAUUCGUCAACGAAAAAUCUAACACGACUAGGAAAGUUCGUAGAUAUACUUCUGAAUAUAAAUACGUUCAUAACAUUUCCAAUAUGAAACCAAACCAACCAUCUCGUUAUUUGGUUCCUUUUAUUAUUGAAUUUGGUUCCUUUCAUUAUUGAAUGGAUAAAUUAAUAUAUUGUAUUUUAAGGCUUUAAAACGCGAAUUUUAGCUUGAAUUUAUUUUAGUGCUUCCAAAUCGCCCCAUGCAGCGGCAACAUGAGCACAAAAAAAAUUGAAACAAUGUUGGCAUUGCCAGAAAUUAACAUAUUUUAAAAUGCAUUUUUAUAACACAUAUAUAUAUUAAUAUCUUAACACCGAUCUUAUAGGUUUGUUAAAGAGUUUUUAUUAAGUCAGAGAAGCAAGAAAAUGAAAUAAAAGAAUUAAAUUAUCUAAGCGUGGAUGACAAAGUGGUUAAAUGGAUACAAUAUGCUAAAAAGAAUGCAGAUAUGUUAAAGCAAUUAAUAUUUAUAAAUGUAUAUUCAAAUGUGAACAUUAUGGCAUUAUUAUUGUACGAGAAGAUUUAUACGAAAAGCGAGUUAAAAGCAUUUAAAUCUAAAGUAUUCUGUGUAUGCAUGUCCCUUGGAACAUCAACAAUAUUACUAGCUUAUUCUCGAAAUGUUCAUAGAAAACGAUUUGUUUUGCAGUUGAACUGACUGAACACAAAAAUUGCCCCAUCAAUUAUUUUGCAGAGCGUAAUUUUAGUCAGAUAUAUAUAUAUAUUUCUGAUAUAAUAAUUUGUGAUAAACAAAAAACCAAUUAAAAAUACCAAAAAGUAAAAAAACUUAACUAAAAACCAAUUCUUUGGGUAAAUAUUUUUCUUUCCAACAAAAGUCUAAAACUUUAAAAUCGUUCUUUUAUAGAAUAUCGGUAUCAGCUAAAGUACUCAAUGCAGAGUACAAACUUAUCCUUAGUACUUGCUUAAAUAAAAUGGUUUCUUCCCAAUAAAAAGUCAAUAUCCGCCAAUGAUUAAUAUUAAAGAAAUAAGUUUUGAUUUUGUUUUUAAAAGUCUAUAAGUGUGCUGCACGCUAUACCGUUUUAUGUUUAACAAAAUGCCAGUUUUGACAAUUUUUUGUUGAUGUGAAUUGAUGUUUCCUGUUAAUCCAAAAUUAAAAAAAAAUCGUGGGAGAACAGCGUCAUCAAGUUUAUAUCAGGUUCACCAAAACUUAGGACAUCUAUUAAAAUAAAUGCCUUAGUUGAGUAAACAUAUAAGCUUUUGUAAAAUGUAAUUAUUGUGUUCAAUGGGUCCAACUGCAAUGUGAGAACUGCACUCUUAGAAGACAAAAGUCUUAGUAAAAUUAAUUUGUAAUGUUUUUAUAAUACCUUUUUAAACAUAGCAUCUAUAUAUUUAUAUAAUUAUAUUGCGAGUUGAGUGGAAAGAACCUGCAGACCCUUUUGUCCCCUGCACAAGGAAGAUUAAAAGGAAUUAAUAUUAUUUUUGAAAGCUUUUUGUCUGGUACCGAGUUGCAUUCAAUUUGAUAAAUGUUUAAUUCUAAUGCAUGUAUGUCUGUUAUACAACUAGCUGAUAAAAAGUUAGCCACCGUAGCCCACAUGCCAAUCGAGCGAACAAAACGGAACAUGAAAUCUAUUACUACCGACCUAUGACUAAUCAAACGCAAAAAAUGCAACAAAAAAAUAAAGGAAACGUAAAAGAUUGAA